CGAGGCCGCCCAGGGCAAUUCGACUUAUGGGUCGCGUGUGAUUGGUCCAAGGCCCGGGCGAUUCCGCUAACUACACUAAAUCUACCUCUAAGUCUACACGUUAGGGACCCCACUGCUGUGCACACAUCAUAUUACUCGUAUCUUCUGUAAAUCAUUUACCAGACGUGAACAACGCACAAAACCCCAUCAGGUACUUAUUGUGGGAUCUCACCACAGAACGAUCGACGUGUGGCUGCUAGGCACCAUCGGCUCACCAAGAGGGUGGUAAUCGCCAGUUUCUUCGAUAUACUAAAGGCAUACAUGCCCUGCACAAGCUCGCGAUCUACACGAUGCCGACCAUUGAGACACCCACGGUCUCCAAAUCUGGUAUUACGACCAACGCGUCGGGUGAACGCCAUAUUCCCGCCUCCAAGCGUGCAGAUGGCUCUACACGGAAAGAAAUACGUGUGCGACCUGGUUAUCGUCCUCCCGAAGACGUCGAGGUUUACAAAAACCGCACAGCGGAAGCAUGGAAGAAUAGGGGGAAAGGCGGAGUACCAGGUGCCGAGUUGCUGAACACAGAAAGCGAUACGUCCAAAGCUAGCGGUACUGCAAACAAGAAUGCUAAGCGACGCGAAGCCAGGAGAAAAGCAGCCGCUACUGUGACAGAGGAGGAAAGCAAAGAGAAACAUGCAAAUUCUACUUCUAAGGAGAUUCAAGAUACUGGUGACAUCCCUCAACCAGUCGAUCCUGAGCUGGAGAAAGAGAAAGAAGCGAAGAAGUUGCUCAAAAAGUUGAGACAGGCUCGUGAAUUGAAGGACAAGAAAGAUAAAGGCGACGCACUACUACCAGAGCAAUUCGAGAAAGUCAUCAAGAUCAACGAGCUCAUUAGGCAACUAGAAGGGCUUGGAUUCGAUUCAAGCGGCGAGAAGAAGAUUCAAACCUGAUACCACCAGACCUACGGACGAAACUGUUCACAACAGAUCUUUGAUGCGGAGUUGUAUGAAUUGAUCAUUUUACCGUAACUGUCCCUUGAGAAGGCACCAGUGUUUCUGGU